UCACUGGAGGUCUAUUGCCUGGGGCCCUGGGCCUCUCUCAAGCAGAGAUUGACAGUUGUGUCGCACAGUGACUAUACCACACAGAAGAUUUGAUAUUCUAAUUUGCUGCUGUAUAAAUGACUGUCCAUUCUUCUUGCAUACAGCAAUGUUAUGUUUGAAAGGCGUUAGGAUGUGCUGUCUUUCCAUUUUAGGCCAACCCAAUAUCCUGCUGUGGUGUUGCCAUUUUGUAACGUUCACAAAGUGUGCCACAAAAGCAGACUUGCACAGCGACUUAAUAAAUGAAGGUGGAGUACCAAUGCGAACGCACACACACACAGAAAAAAAAAAAAAAAAAAAAUUGUUUUAUCCAUCAGCAACUGGAAUCAAGUUGGUUUGAUAUCAUUUCCACCCGUGCCUGAUUGUAACCAGUGCCAACUGCCCUAGACUUUUCAUGCCCACUAAAUUCACAGGGAUGUUAUCCACUGAUAUCAGAGAUAUUGCUUUCAAUGUUACAGCCUGUUUUAACAUCCCGGUUAAUUUCACCAAAUCACUAGAAACUGAAGUCUAUAAGAUGGGAUUUUUGCUUAUGUGUGACGGCCAAAGAUUAAAUGUUUACUAUGGAAGUUGUCAUUAAGAACCCAUGUCCUUAUAUGACAGGAAAACAGCUGGUUUCACAGCCCACUGAAAGCACUGAUGUUGGAGUACACUAAAUACGACUGGUUUCAUAGAUCUUAAUUAGGACUUGGACUAUGUGAUGUUACCUUAGGUAAGGUAGUAUGAAAUAUAUUACUUAGGCUGAAUAUGAGUUUUCUUUAUCCUUUGCACCACUUAAAAACAAACUACAAUAGUGUUGUCAUUUCUGUAUACUUCACAAUACUAAUGAAAAUAAAAUUAUUUUUCUACAUAUGAGGCAGCAGGUGUGAAUCUUAUAUUUCAAAUUGUUAAUUAGGCCUUAGGUUUAAAAAAAUCAUUUAAUUAGUCUGUGUAAAGGGUGGAUACACAGCAUUUGGACAAAACAAUAGAAACACCUGCCAUAGCAUUGUCAAUACUGAGUGCAGGGGCAUUGUGGGUCGACAGGAUUUAGAGUUGCAAGUUUGUAAGGAGUUUAAAAAAAAAAAAAAACUUCCGGAGAGAUACAUGCCAAUUUCUUAAGGUGUAAAAGCCUUUAAUUCCUUUAGACAGACCGUAAUGUAAAUCUGACAACUUAACGCUGUUAGCCUUCAAACUCAAAUACUCCAGUAGCAAUUAGUCAUCUUAUGUGCAGAAAAUUCCGUUUAAAUUGAUCACACAAAAUAUAAUAAAGAUCAGCUCCAGUGUCUAGAAAAGGGUCCAUAUUAUUAAAACAUAUCCAUGUUUGUGUUAAAAGAUAGCUAUACAGCGUUAAAAAAAAAAAACACACAAAAACUUAAUUUUAAUAGGACAGGAAAGCAGCAUCGCAUUAUUAGCAUCAAACGUUCGUUUCGAAGUGAAGAUUGUCCUUCUGCGGAGUCUGUCACCAGGAAGUAGACAGUCCGAGGAGCAACCAGCUUCCACAGUGAUGGCAGACAAGUCGCUUUUUGAGUUUCUCCACAUGGAGAUGGUGGCCUAUGUUUACAAACAUCAAAACGGGGACAACAAUAACCAGGAAAGGGGAAGCUCCUUAUCAACUUUGGAAGGCAUGGGUUUCCGAGUAGGACAAGGACUUAUUGAAAGGUUCACUAAAGACACCCCGUCUUUCAAAGACGACUUGGACGUUGUGAAGUUUCUCUGUAAAGAUCUGUGGAUAAACCUCUUCAGGAAACAGAUUGAUAACCUGCGGACGAACCAUCAGGGUACCUAUGUGUUACAAGAUAACAAAUUCAGUCUCCUGACACAGUUCUCCAACAGCAAGCAAUACAUGGAGGAAGCCCCUAAGUACUUGGCGUACACGUGUGGCAUGGUGAGAGGUGCCCUGUCAAACCUGGGCAUUGACAGCGUUGUGACUGCAGAGGUCUCUGUCAUGCCAGCCUGUAAAUUUCAGGUCGUGAUUCAGAGGUCCUAAAAGUCAGAUUGUGCCUAGAAAGUUGGUUUACUUUAAAAGAGCACCUUUGGCCAACGGCUGUCUUUUGUAGCUAGUUUUACUUUGCACACCAGUUACAGGGGUACAGCAAAAUGAGACAAAACAGUGUCAAUAGUAGCAGUAAGGUCGGCAUUGAUUUGCAUGAGUCUUCAAGGUGUUUAAAUUGUUCUGACCAUCUCGGCUCUCUACAAAUAGUGUCUUUCCCCUCGUGAGUGACAUCGAAUCACAACAAAGGGAUGCAUCUUUUAAACAUGUCUAUAGAGAUACCGUUUCCAUAACAAUGAUUCGCCCAAUAUUAUGUGCUACAUACUGCAGGUGUUUUGCAUUUUUCUUUGUCCAGCCCUUGUAAGUUCAUGUUAAAGAUGAGUCUUAGAUAAUAAAGAACCUAAAAAACCAAAAGCGCUGGCAACAGCCAUUGGAAAUAAUAAUUCAUCACACAAUGUAUUCCAAUAACCAUUUCUCUUUAAAGCCUCAUUAUAGAAGCAUUGGACAGGUAUUCUAAUAUUCUGUUUUGAAAUGUAGACAAAUAUGACCGUGUUCCAGAACAUUCGUAUAACAGAAUGUUUCAAAUAUAUGUAUUAUGCAAACACAUCCUCAGGGCCACGUCAUAAUGAUAUUUAGCACUGAUGCCUGCUACUGAAGACAGCAAUCAGCCAUAAUCUGAAAACACUAAACAAAGAGUGCUAAUGAAACAUACUGGGGUCGAUUUUAAUGAUCUCAUAAGUGGAGUUUCUUUAUUCACUGUGUUUUUCUUUAGAGAUGUUAAUAUAGAGGUAAAAAAAAAAGUUUAAAUUAAUAAAAUUGAAUAAGGUGUUUUGCUACAGUUUAUAAAAUCUAUUGCUGUGUCUUUAAAAUUGAAUAGACUUCAAAGUAAAAAUAAGCAGGGGGGGCAUAGGACUCUCUGUCUAUCUAUCUAUACAAAAUAUUUCCUAUCGCUUCGUAUAACAGUGUACCAUGUUGUGUGCAAUCAUUGCACAUUAUUGGAAAAGCUGUAUUGGAACACUAACUAAAGAACAAUUAAUGUAAGGUAAUAAACAUAACUGCUUAGAAUGUGCUUUGUAUGGUUUGUGUUUAAUGUAGUACAGUCAGAAGCCCAAGUUUCAGCCUUUGAUUUGGAGUAUUCCUUCUUUUCAUUGAAAACAUCUCUGAAGCUGCAAUUCUAUAGAGAAGUCCCAUCCGGUCCACAGAUAUUAGUGUUCCCCCAUUGCUCUGUGCCAGACCAAGCAUUGAGGACAAUAUUGGGUGCGGACCAACGUGGAAGAGAGAGAUGACGCUCUUUAUUUUUGUACCGUCAAAGCUUUUUGAAAGUUAAUACAAUCUCUUAGAAAUGCAUUUCGAGUGCACGGUGAUCUGGGGAGCAGUGAAAAUGGCUCUCAUUUUAAGACCAGGACGAAAAUAAAUGUUUAACUUAAAAGGUCUUUUAAGUUAAACAUUUAAAAAGAAUAGCAUUUCUGUGUAAGGUGCCAGGAUGUUCUAUGUACAGCAGGUAAUAAAUGCUUGUCAUAACUUUAACCACUCUAAAUACAUUUGUAUGUCGAGUGGUUUCUUUUAAUGUGCGUUAGCUAACCAAAACAGUUUUUGAAAUACUAAGCCAUUGUGUUUUUUGAACAUAUUUGAAGUUCCUGACAUUCUGUUUUUGUAAUAAGGAUGAUAUGUUCUAUUGUUUUAAGCCAUUUGCUUAAUCAAUGAGAAGGUGGCUUUGUGCCUUGUUAAAAAGUACAUUAUAAUGUUACAGUAAAAAAUGCAGAUUGAUUUUUCUAAGAGCUGUUUUCCUGUUAUAUCUUUUUAUGCCACCAGGGGACAGUGUAACAUACUGGAAACAUACAGCUGCCAUAGAGUUACACAGGUCUUUGUUUUCUGAUAAUGCAGGUUGCCAAUAAUUCCAACAAUUACAAAAAAAAGUUUUUAUUUUAGAUGAGUGUUUUGUAUUUCUGAAAGGUGCUUUUUUUAAACAAGUAACCUAACAAGAAAAGCUUUUUUUUUUUUUUUUUUUUAAUAGCAAGAUGUUAUGUGACGUUGAUGUGUAGUUCCUGGUGAAUUAUUGGUACUAACACAUGUAAUAUGUUCUUUAUGUCAUUGGUAGGGAGGGGUAUGUUAUUGAUUUAAUUGUCUCAGUUGACCAGGGGGAGUGGAAAAUUAAAAUAGGGCUCUUUAUGUGCCAUGGGUGUGAAAAUCAAACAUUUAACAGUGCAAGUAAGUGUCUUGCAGUGUAUGUCUGAAAGAAAAAUGUGAUCGAUUACAUAGUGUAUAUUUAGAUCGCAGCAAUGUUUCUUUUGAUAGAGUUUAUAUUUAAGUAAUGUAAUUUUGAAAAAAACAAACGGUAAAGAAUUUUGAGGGGGGAAACAGCCAACAGCAAAACAAUAAGAGUUGUGAGGAUGUGGUUAUGCAUUGGUAAUUAGACAUGGUAUUGUGUGUGUAUAUAGAGGCUUAUCGGUCCCUUUUUACAAAAGGUUUUUGUUACUUCUAAGGCAUGGCUUUCUGUUUUCGGUUCAGACCUCCACUGUACGCUGUUUUUAUGCCAAACUGUUUUCCCUGAUGCUGUCUGUCUGCUGUCAUGGUUGUCUGAGUGUUAAAUAACCCUGUACUGGGUAAUUGGAAGAAUGUGGUGGUGAAACACUGGAUUUUAAAAAGCAUACAUCUUCAGAUAUUUUAUUCUCUUUAGUUUGUGAGCAAAAAUGGAAUGUGUGUUACAGUUUCUUCAAUGAAAUGUGCUUAUUAAUUAGUUUGUAAAAUAUAGAGGUUUUUAUUUUUUUGUAAAAUAAAUAGCGUAUUAGGUGAAGCUACAAUUUUUAUGUGUCAGUUUUCAUUUGGGGAAAUUGAUUUCCCUGUACAUACAGUUUCUGAACUUAAAUCGUGGUUGAUCAUUUUUUUGCAUUACAUAUGUUUAAAAUUGUGAGCUGUACCUUUUAAAAACAAUUUAAACAGUGACUGGUACUGCUGUAUAACACACCAUUGCCCAAGUAUGAGUUCUGUGCUCCAGAGUAUCAUUGUCCUAGUCUCAAAAUAAACAACUCGGGGGUUUAAUUUAGAAGGGUUAUUUAUUUUAGACCUGUUAGGGUUUUAAUCCUUUAUAAAAUGGUGUGUUUGCAGUAAACAGCUUCGUAUUUGCUGUAAUCUAGCCCAGUAUCUUCCAUCUUCAUCAGGUACCACAGUGUUUGUUAUGAAAGCAUGCUGCUAUUUUUAAAAGCAAACUCCAGUACAGGGACUGGACCACUCCCCACCCCACUUUUCUUCUCAUUGUUUAAACGCUAAGUGGCUUUUCCCAAAGGAAGUAAUUAGUUUCACACAGUUUGCCUCUUUAUUCCCUUUACCUAAAUAAAAGAAAAACAAGUUUGUCAAGAUAUGACAUAAUUGGUUUUAGUUUUUGUAGUCUCUGCUAGAGUGCCUCUCUUCAGCCAGUUUCAAAACUAUAAUUAUUAUCCUUCCCCCCCCCCAAAGUCUUGCAAGCGCAACGGUGUGAUUUACCAGCCUGAUACCCAGGUCGGCGUGCUUUGAAAUGACUUGCAGCUUAUGAACAGUGCAGCUGAGCUCUGUGAUUGGCACAGACAGGGACUAAGUGUGGGACCGUGAGGGAACAUUUUGUAUCAACUAUCUUUUGAAGUAAUUUCCUGUUGUGUUUCUUGUUUAUCUGUCCUUUGUUUUGUUUGUUUGUUUGCAUUUAGGAAUAAUUGAAUGUACACUAUUUGUAAAGCAAUUGCUUGUCCUUUUUAAAAGCAAGUCUUUGCAGUGAAUACAACACAAAGAGCCUAAAUCAAGUAACAGAUGCACAGGGGGGAUCGUUCUUUUCAUUGCAUCACUGACCAGCCUUAAGUCCAGGGGCAAUUAUUGCUUCUGCCAAAUAAAGUCGGGUAGUUUAUUGAUUGUAUUGUGCAAACGACAGUGUGCAGAAGCAUGGGAAUGCAAGCCACUGCUCUGCUACCCAGCAGCUGUUCACAGAACUGUUUGCCUGCAAUGGGGGGUGGGCAGAUAGUGUUCAGCAACAAACAAUAGGGAUGGUGUUGUUUAUAGGCAUUGCUCUCAGUCCCUGAGCUGUGUGAGAAUCCCUCUCUGUCUAUUGUUGUGCAAAUAGAAAUCUAAACUUCAGUUGUGGAAAAAAGGGGAAGCACAGACACUGUUUGUGCCUCUACAUAAAUACUCUUUUUACCCUGUUACCAAGAAAGCAAUCUGCUCGUCUUUUUUGCAGUUCCUAAAAAGAGGUCCAUUCAAUUUCCAGUGGGUUUAAUGCAUUGUGCGCCCACGCUAAAAAGGACAUCUAUCGCUUUGAAUGAACACUUGCUCAUAAAAACAAAAUCACACAAAUAAAUUGCUGAAUUAAUUCUAAAGUCUUAAGCAGAUGUAAAGGAAUGGCUGGUACAUAUUUUAUUUUCAUGACACAUAUUCAAUGUAUUACCUUAAGCCUAAAUCGUAAGCAUAUUACA